UCUCGGGCUUUACCGAGGCUUCUCAUUGGACGUCAACACGCGACCAGCGCGAGGAGGGGGGCUCCCAGGCGCGUGCCGCUUUUUAAACCGACGCCGCGCCUUGAGACACCAGAGAAGGAGUCCCGCACGCGACCGUUAUACCCACACAGUGCGACAGCAUUGUAGUGUGUGCCUCUAAGAAUCUUUUUUUCUGAGAUCGCUAGUCGGUUUAACUUUGCCUACCUGUUGGGUUUCUGGAAACAUGGAUGUCCUAAGCGUGGACGACUGGAGCAAAGACGCCCUGGAGACAGUGGCAGCCCUCGGCUCGCGGCAGCAGAGCCCCAGAGUGGUGGAGAGGGGAGGGCAGCAACAGUUCGAGGAGUCCCGCUACGAACCUGGACUGUCGCUCGUGGACAGCGGCAGUGACCCACGCGCCUGGCUGGCUUCAGUGCAGCCUUCUGGCACCUGCACGGCACACGCCACUUCACCCGACUACCUGCGGCACUCGCCUUGCCCGAGCACCGGUUCCUACCAAGAGAGUGGCUCCCCGGGGUCACCGGGCCAUCCCAGCCCUCCCAGCUACAGAAAAUCUGCCAAGAGCCCCUCCUCUUCUUCGCUCAAAGUCCGGGACCUGUGUCGUCUUAAAGGCACGGUCGCCGGGCCCGAUGAGGAGGCAUCUACGAGACAGAGAGCCCCGUCCAGCAAACCGAUCAGCGGCAUCCAGAAACAGAGGCGCGUGGCCGCCAACGCGCGCGAGAGGAGGCGGAUGCACGGGCUUAACCACGCGUUUGACGAGCUGCGCAGCGUCAUCCCGGCGUUUGACAACGACAAGAAACUCUCUAAAUAUGAAACUUUACAGAUGGCGCAGAUUUACAUCAACGCUCUGGCUGAGCUGCUCCAAGGACCAGUCUCCUCCAACAGCAGCAAUACCGACACCUCCAGAAGUAACAACAACUCGCCAAAGUGUGACAUUAUGAUUUCUUCCGCCGUUGGUUUUGACGGAGCGACAGACAGAGCUUCCCCCUCUCCUACAACCUGCAGGACAGCUGCGGCUGUGCCCGCCUCAGGUAGCAGCUUACCUGUCCACAUCGGCGGGACGCCUUUCCGCUCCUCCUUCGACGACGGUUCGUUUUCCGCCAUGGUUGAAGAAGCGAUGUGUUCGACCUCUGCUAAAUCCUCCACCCGGCCAGGCACUUCGCUGGCACCGAUCGGAGUUGGAAGAAAAGAGUCUCCCCGGAGCGACGGAGAGUUUUCCCCCCAUUCCCACUUCAGUGACUCCGAUGAAAUAGCGAUGGAGCUCCACUCAAGUGAAGAAGAUGACCUUUCAGAACUCAAGCUACCCAGUCACCAUCAUCACUCUGUUUCUUUCUAAAUAAUUAAAAAUUAAAACAUACUUAUACUUUAUUAAACGUUCACUUCAGCCGACAACAAAAUAGUAUCAAUCCGUGUCAAUCAUUCCUGUUUAUCUGUUGCUCACCAAAAUGCAUUUUUUAAGAGGAUAGAAAUUUUAGCUUCUUCUAAAACGUUAUGUUCAAUUUUUAACAAUAAUUAUAUUUUAUCAACUUUUUGCAUAGUCGAAAGAUUAUUUUUUAUGUGAUAUAGCCCUAAUUCGGUUCUGCCAAUAGAUGUAGCCUACAGCCUAUAAUUUCCAGUUUCCAUGGAGACGUGGCUGGAAGACCCCUCUGCCAUGUCGCGCGCAGCACUGCCAUGGGUAUUUCCCACGUCACUCCGACCAAAAAUGCUGUCUUCCACAAAAUCAUACCUUUAUGCAUAACUGUUUAUAUUUGAUAAUGUACAAAAAACUUUUUUGUAGCUAUAAAAUGUGUUUUGUUGUGAUUCAUGUUCUUGUCAGUUUGUAUAAUGUAUUUUGUUUUGCAACUUCAAAAGUUCAUGAUGUGCACUUUAAAAAUGUAUGAGCCAGAGGCUUGAGAAAUGCGAUUUUUGUUUUCAAACCAUAAACAAUAUUGUUUUGAUUUGUUUGAUAGUGUAGUACUGCCAAUUCCAUACAAAUAGCCUAUUUAAUGUAGCCAUCAUUGCUGCCUUCUUUUGUAUUUUCUUUUGUAUCUUCAGAUGAACUUGAGUGUCUUUUGCUUUCACUGGAUGAGAUUAAUUGACAUGUAUUUAUUGCUAUGUUUCAUUUGAUUUGCUUUUUAUAACUCCAUAGUUAAAUUUGCUGAAACAAGCUAUCAUUUUGCCAUUUAUUGUUAUAUGAAUUUGAUUUUGGGAAUAAAAAA